AUCCACCCUUUAGUAUUCUCAUCAACAGAACAUGGCUACUUUCGGUGCGAUAGUGCUGAUUCUAGUGAGUUCAAGUUUGCAUUCCACUUCCAGCCUACAGUUGGGCCCUUUCACCAUACCGACCAUCGCUAAUGGUGGUGCUUUGGGAUUCUCCAGCAGUCUGCUCAGCGCAUCACUCGAUCCUCAAUCGAGACGCGUUGCCUUCGCAGCGCAAGCUCCACCCUUCGGCACCGGCAGUGCUACUUCCCCAUCGCUAACGAGCUUAAUAGAAACGUUUACCAAUCCUUUCGCCAGUUUCCUGCCCAGCCAGGCAAAUACGCCAUCCUUGACGUCGUUGCUAGCGCCAUCGAAUGUACAGAUUCCGGGAGUGUCGGCGUUUACCGAUACACUCCGAUCGUUUGGCAACACUCUUCCGGACGGCAUUGGUCGCAUUCAAAAUGCCGCCAGCUCCUUCCAAAGUCUUGCUACAAAUGCCUCGCGAGCUGUGUUUGAUCCUGCUGCGAUUCUUAACCAAUUUGCGCAGUUAAUUCCAAGCACCGAACAGCGAAGUGCCGCGCGUGCUCCCAACGAUGUAAAUACAUUGAACCCUGUACAGAGUGGUCUCAACUCCUUCCAAAGUCUUGCAACAAAUGCCUCGCGAGCUGUGUUUGAUCCUGCUGCGAUUCUUAAUCAAUUUGCACAGUUCAUUCCAUCCACCGAACAGCGGAGUGCUACACGUGUUCCGAACAUUUUAAGUGCGUUUAGCCCAGCGCAGAGUGGCCUCAACCUAGGAUCGAAUUUUGAAGUGAACUACUCCUCCGAUAAUGCUGCCCCCGUCGACAUCAUCCCGGAAGCCACAUCUAAGUUGUCCAGCAUCCCAUCCUCUGGCACUCCGGUAAAUCGAAACGAUCCUCACUACUAUCCCGGACGGCAGGUGAUGGUACAUCUGUUCGAGUGGACGUUCGACGACAUUGCGGUAGAAUGUGAGGAGUUCCUCGGACCUGCCGGAUACGGUGGCGUACAAGUGUCGCCGGUGAACGAGUACGUCAUUGCACUGAACCGUCCCUGGUGGGAAAGAUAUCAGCCCAUCUCGUACGCGAUCAAGUCCCGCUCGGGAACCGAGCAACAGUUUGCCGCUAUGGUACGCCGUUGCCAGCGGGCAGGUGUUCGUGUGUACGUGGACCUCGGUCAGCAUAUGGCAGCUCCGGGUGGUAGUGUCCCACUGUACGGUACUGCUGGAUCACCGAGUGAUCCGGCGAACAGACAAUACCCCGCCGUACCGUACAAUCGAACCCACUUCCAUACGGCUUGUAUCAUUCGGGACUAUCGCAAUGCCACGGAGGUGCGGGACUGUGAGCUGAGCGGUUUGCCCGACUUGAAUCAAGCCGAACCGUACGUUCGGGAUCGUAUCGUAGAGUUUAUGAACCGGCUGAUCGGGCUGGGAGUGGCCGGCUUUAGGAUGGACGCAAGCAAACACAUGCAGCCGGAAGAUUUGGGUGCGAUCUACAGGCGGUUAAGCUACUUGAACGUGGCGUUCGAUUUCCCUGUGGAUGCGGCCCCAUUUAUCUACCAGGAAGUGAUCGAUCUUGGCAAUGAAGCUGUAACUGCUUCCCAGUACACCGAUCUUGGGCAGGUGACCGAGUUUAAGUAUUCUCUCUUUAUCGGACUUAUCUACCAUGGCAUGAUGGAAGCUUCCGCCCUACAAGCGCUGACCAAAAACAACGCCACUCAGUUCGGCCUAAUACCGUCCGAUUCGGCACUGGUGUUUGUGGACAACCAUGACAAUCAGCGGGGACACGGUGCGGGUGGCGAUACGAUACUUACCUUCAAAGAAAGGACCAAGUACAUCCAGGCCAUCGCAUUCACGCUAGCCACCGAUUAUGGCACGGUACGGUUGAUGAGUUCCUACAACUUUACCGACCCCAGCCAAGGACCACCGGCGGACGGGCAGGAGAACAUCCUGCCGCCCGGCCGUCCUACCAGCGCUGGAUCCUGCCAGAAUGGAUGGGUUUGUGAGCAUCGAUGGCCGGUCGUACGGCGGUUGGUUAGCUUCCGAAAUCUGGUGGCACCAGCACCGCUUACCGAUGUUCAGAUUACGAGCGGCACGUUUGCUUUCUGUCGUGGCAGUGUUGGGUUUGCCGUGUUCAACUCCGGAAGCGAAACGUACCACGGGGUAUGGAACACGUGCCUUCCUGCAGGUGAGUAUUGUGAUAUUAUUACCGGCGAACGGGUCGGUUCGGAUUGCAUCGGAACGCGUGUACUUGUAACGGAAGACGGUACGGUUAGCCUAACACUACCCGCGUACUCUAGCGUAGUACUAGAUCUUAUAAGACGCGUUUCGUGAGUGAAAUUGCCAAGCUAGAAAGGAUCGAAAAAUAUGAGAAAAGGUAGCGAUAUGUUUUAUUUUGUAAUAUUCGUUAAAUACAGUUUUGUACUCGUCACUGAACUAAA